AACAGUCCGUGGCUUAAACGCCAAGCAUAUAUAACGUAUAUGGGUCGUAUUUUAAGUCAAUAUUUUGUCAGCCGUGUUUUCAGAAGUAUCUCCGCGCGUGCCUUAUCACUGCCAAAGUCACAUUAUCUGGCACUCGUGACCAGUCAUGUUUGUCUGCGUAAAAUUGCAUGAUUGACAUUCGCCUCGGCCAACAAGAACAGCCACCAUUUUACUUCCCGCCAAUAGCGGCCUCUCGCCUGUCGUCGAAGAUUACCGAGUGAACCCGGACAAUGCCGAAAAGCUUUUCGACACAUGCGUCAGUUAAAACAGGAUAGCGGUUUCUUGUCGGCCGACAGUUUGCACCGGAAAAGACAAAAGCGGUGUUUUCUCUUCAAGGACAAAAAAAUGACACGACUGGGGACUUUCUUUAUAGUUCUGGUACUGCUUGUAGCGCCCAGUAUCGCCAUUAUAAGGGUUCCCCUUAAUAAGAUGAGGACCCUCCGUCGCCUCAUUAGCGAUAAUGGGAUGUCUGUGGAUCAAGUUCGGACCUUGGCGAAGACGAGCGGAGCUCCUGACAACGCCCCCUCGCCACAACUACCCGUGGAGAGACUGACUAACUUCAUGGAUGCCCAGUACUUUGGUACCAUCAGUAUUGGUUCCCCGCCUCAGGACUUCACAGUGCUGUUUGACACUGGCUCCUCCAACCUCUGGGUGCCCUCCAUUCACUGCUCCUUCUUUGAUGUCGCCUGCUGGAUCCAUCACCGCUACAACUCCAAGAAGUCGAGCACAUAUGUUCAGAAUGGUACAGACUUCUCCAUCCGCUACGGCAGAGGCAGCCUGUCGGGCUUCAUCAGCGGAGACACGGUCACUAUAGCAGGUUUGCCCGUGCCCGGCCAGCAGUUUGGGGAAGCGGUGAAGCAGCCCGGUAUUACAUUCGCCGUGGCCCGCUUCGACGGGGUCCUGGGCAUGGCCUACCCGUCCAUAUCGGUCGCCAACGUCACGCCGGUGUUUGACACGGCCAUGGCAGCCAAGCUGCUGCCGCAGAACGUCUUCUCUUUCUACAUAAGCAGGGACCCCGCAGCGGCUGUGGGAGGAGAGCUGAUGUUGGGUGGGAGCGACCCGCAGUACUACACCGGAGAUCUGCACUACGUCAACGUCACACGCAAGGCCUACUGGCAGAUUGACAUGAACGAAGUGGACGUGGGCCCCCAGCUGACAGUCUGCAAGACGGGCUGCCAGGCCAUCGUGGACACAGGAACUUCCCUGAUCGUCGGCCCCGUGGAGGAAAUCCGAGCACUGCAGAAAGCCAUCGGAGCUCUGCCCUUACUCAUGGGAGAGUACUGGAUUGACUGCAAGAAGAUCGACACCCUCCCCGUCAUCUCCUUUAACAUAGGAGGGAAGAUGUUCAACCUGACUGGAGAGGAUUAUGUCAUGAAGGAGUCCCAGAUGGGAACUUCAAUCUGCCUGUCAGGCUUCAUGGCCAUGGACAUUCCGCCCCCUGCAGGACCUCUGUGGAUCCUGGGAGACGUCUUCAUCAGGAAGUAUUACACCGUCUUUGACAGGAGUGCUGACCGUGUGGGAUUUGCACGAGCCAAGUAGUACCGCUAAAUAAAAGUGCUGUUCUGGUUUGCAGCCGUCAAAAUGAUGUAAGAUCACAUUUUCAAGAAUGAUUGCAAAGGCUGGCAUAAAAAAAUCUCUUCAAAAAUUGAUACUGAAACAUUUUUUUAAAGGUUUUUAAUCGCUUCUUGACAACAUUCUUCUCAUAAGUUUUAUUUCUUCUUGUAAUUUUGACUUUUUAUCUCAAAUAUGAAGUUUUAUCUCAUAAUUUUGUAGUGUACCUUCAUAACGGAUUUCUCAUUUCAACUUUUUCUUAUUUGUACUUCUGGAGAAGUAAGUUACUUUUUAUCUCAUAAUUUUGAUUUAUGACUUCUCAUGAUUUUGACAUUUUAUCUUGCGACUUUGACUUUUUUUUUUUUAUCUGACUAUUUCAUGAUUUCAACUUUUCAUCCUUACCUCAUAAUUUUGAUUCAUCUAACAAUUUUGAAUUAAUCUAGUAACUUAGAUUUUUUAAUCUCGUCAUUUCAAAUUUGUAUCUAAUUUAGUGAUGUCAUAAUUUCAAUUCCUUGUAUUUAUGCCUUUUUCCUCCGUAAUUUCAAAUUUUUUUCACGCAAUUUGGAUUUAUCUUGUAUUUGACUGUCUUGUAUUUCACUUUCUUGUAAUUUCAACUUUUUCUUGAAAUUUUCGAUGAUCUAAUUUCUAUAUUUUAUUUCGAAAUUAUGAUUUACACAAUUUUGACUCGAAAAAUUGACGUGUUAGCUUAUUUUGACUUUAUCUCGUACCCAGUGGCCUAGGGGUUAGUGUCCGCCCUGAGAUCGGUAGGUUGUGAGUUCAAACCCCGACCGAGCCAUACCAAAGACUAUAAAAAUGGAACCCAUUACCUCCCUGCUUGACACUCAGCAUCAAGGGUUGGAAUUGGGGGUUAAAUCACCUAAAAUUAUUCCCGGGCGCGGCCACCGCUGCUGCUCACUGCUCCCCUCACCUCCCAGGGGGUGAUCAAGGAUGAUGAGUCAAAUGCAGAGAAUAAUUUCGCCACAUCUUGUGUGUGUGACAAUCAUUGGUACUUUUUAACUUUAACUUUAGUUAUGACUUUCUAAUUUCUCAUUAUUUUGACUGUUCAUCUUAUAAUUAUGGCUUUUUAUCUAAUAAUUUCAACUUUCUCAUAGUUAUGACUUUUUAGCUUUUCGUUUACAUGCAAAACUAGUUAUUUCAGUGUUCCGUGACGAGCUAGAGAACCGUUUGAGGUGCAACAAAUGCAUAAAGCACAGUCAGACCUGUAAAAAAGUUUAUUUUCCUAACCUGACUUUUUGCAUUUUAUAUUUUCAUAGAAUAAUAACCUACUUGUUCUAAAUAAAGUCUACAUCCCCUGUGUGUGUGAAUGAUCACUUACAAUCAGCUGAAAUGUACUUUUCCACCCCCCAAAAAAUCAAGACCAAAUAAAGUCACUUGUUGCAUUUAUUUACAUUUCCAAAGUGCUGCACUGCUCCAAUUCAGAGCUGUGCUGGAAAUUAAAAUAAAAUAAAGCUCGAGAGGGACAUAACAUAAGCACAGCAUGCAAGACAGCAUAUGGCUAAUGUGUACAAACCCGCACGUUAGAGGUAGUGAUCUACUUUUAGGUUUAGCUUUAACAGAACAAAUGUGGCACAAUGACUCCUCCUCAGUCUUUUGGAGCAUAAGUAGGUCUGCAAAGGAAGACGUUACAUGCACACAAAGAUCUAUUAGAACAGAAACUCCGUAAGAGCGCACUUAAUGAUGCUCACCUUACUUGAUUGCCAGUAUUUCUUUUGGUUGCAAAUGUACAAAUAGUAAAAUAUUUACCGACUUGACAACAUUUUUAACCGCACCUGCAAUGGAAUUGACCUCCUCCCGACACGAGUGUGCACGAAAAGGGACACGUGAAAACAAAGCAGAGACUUUGGGCAAGUAUUUUAUAGACAAUCGCAAUAAUAACCCCAGUAAGUAUGGAGCUAAAUUAGGGCCAAAGGUUUUGUGCGCUGAAAAAAUUAAAUACAAAAUAGAAAAAUACAAAUUUGACAUAGAAUUUCGAAAAAUUAUUCAAUAUUCAGAAUAAAGUGGUGCACAGUUUUAUUUCAGGUUCAAUGUAAUUAUGAUUUAUUCUGGAAAAUUUAAUUUAAUUUUUUUUUUUUUUUUACAAUUUUCACCUUGAUAUUGCCUUAUUUUCAGAUUCAAAUUUUAUUGUUUAGUUAACUGUUUUUUUCCCCUCAUGUUCAGAUCUUUUAUUUUUCAGAUUCAGAUUUAUGGCCCGAAUUUAGCGUGGAUGGUGAAAUUCGGGCCAUAAGUCUGAAGCUGGGGAAAAAUGUUUUAACCUAAAUUGAAAGCUCUAACCGAAUAAAAAAAUAAGAUUUAAAUUUGAGAAGAAAAAAAACGAGCUGAGAUAUCAAAAUAUAUAAAAGGGAAACAUUUAAAGAAGUUAUUCAAAAUAAUUACUAAAGUGAAUUAUAAUUGUAUUCAAUCUGACAUUAAAUUGUGCAGUUAUUUUUAUUUCAAAAUUCAACAUCAAAACUAGAUUUUCCAGUUUCAAGUACAAAACUUUUAACCCAAAUUUUGCUCUGUAAGUCUGGUAGCUGCGGUUACUUUUGGUCAUGUUGUGUAACGAGCUUCCAGAUUUAAACGGGGAGAUUUUUAGGUCAGAUGCACUAAGACAGUGGUUCUCAGAAUUUGGUACGCAGUCUCCAUCUAGUGCUACACCAAAGAAUCAACUUGAUUCAAGUGUUACUGUUCAAACUGUGUAUAAUGUUACAGUGACCAAAACAUUUAAAAUAUCCAUGUUAAAUAAAACCUCUGCUUUGUGUUUAA